GGCAGCAAUCUCCGAGGGGCUGCGGAGCCAUGCAGUUCCCGCACCCGGUGCCCGCGGCUGCGCCCGCCGUGGGAGGCCCGCUGUACGCGCCCACGCCGCUGCUGCAGCCCGCUCACCCCACGCCCUUCUACAUCGACGACAUCCUGGGGCGCGGGCCCGCCGCCCCCACGCCCACUCCCACGCUGCCGUCCCCCAACUCCUCCUUCACCAGCCUCGUGUCCUCCUACCGGACCCCGGUGUACGAGCCCACGCCGGUCCACCCCGCCUUCUCGCACCACCCCGCCGCCGCUCUGGCCGCCGCCUACGGCCCCGGUGGCUUCGGAGGCCCUCUGUACCCGUUCCCGCGGACGGUGAACGACUACACGCACGCCCUACUCCGCCACGACCCCCUGGGCAAACCCUUGUUCUGGAGCCCCUUCCUCCAGCGGCCUCUGCACAAAAGGAAAGGCGGUCAAGUGAGGUUCUCUAACGACCAGACCAUCGAGCUGGAGAAGAAGUUCGAAACUCAGAAAUACCUCUCCCCACCCGAGAGAAAGCGUCUGGCCAAGAUGUUGCAGCUCAGCGAGAGACAGGUCAAAACCUGGUUUCAGAAUCGCCGAGCUAAAUGGAGAAGACUGAAACAGGAGAACCCUCAAGGCAACAGAAAGGACGAGUCGGACAGUUUGGACACUUCCUGUGACCAGGGCCAGGACUUGCCUGGUGAGCAGAAUAAAGGUGCCUCUUUGGAUAGUUCUCAGUGUUCACCCUCCCCAGCCUCUCAGGAAGACCCCGACUCGGAGAUCUCAGAGGAUUCCGACCAGGAAGUGGACAUCGAGGGUGACAAAGGCUAUUUUAAUGCUGGAUGACAGUCAUCGGCCGUGACAGUGUUCAGAGACCGGACUUUAGAAUAAUGUUUUGCUACAGACAAACUGGAAAGUUCUAAGAGAAAGAAAGAUAUAUCAUUCUUGUAGAUUUUUGAAAAUAUUUGGUGCACUGGCUAAUUAACAAACAUGCAUUGAGAGCUUAAUUUUGGUUUAACGUUCUAUACCAGUUUUAAGUUGUUUUGAUAAAGUGACUAAAUGUGACCUCAUUUUUUAAAAGUUGAAUUAUUUCUAUUUAUGAGAAGUAAUUUUAACCUUUGGCUAAAGCUUAAAUUAUGACUUUAAAGGUUUUAGGAGGUUGUUCUUUUCCUAAAUCUGUAGCUAUUCCCUCAACUUCAGAGGUGCACUUAAAAAGGGGGCCGACAUUUGGGGAUCCAUGAAACACUUUCAAAGGGCACACUCGAGUUUUAUGUGACAUCUUACAUUGCUGCCUUAACUCCAAAACCACUUCACAGCACUUGGCUUCUGGUGUCUGUUCUUACAAGCAAGAUAGUUGACAAGAUUCUUAAAAUCUUGUUUUGCUCAGCCAGUGCCUCUGACCCUGGUGUUAAGGGAUAACGCAGUCCCUACAGGCAGGGAAACUGACUCAUUUGUGACUGAUCUCACAUGAACUAGAAACAGCAGGACAGCUAAAUGUAAGUAGAUUGUAGAUAGUGUGUUUUAUAGAAACUGUGUCUAUAGCAUGUAUAUAGAAUUAUUCAUUGUAAAAAUGCUGCCAAAAUGAUGUUUGAUUUUUUUUUAAUUUAAUGAAUUAACUUGCAUAUGCAUUCAUCAUGAGAUGAAUGACCCUGUUGGAAUUCUCAUUCUUUGGUUAAAAUACCAAAACCUGA